GUGGUUUUUUUUAAUCUUUACCAACCACUUGUGGGAAGUUUCUUACUAGUGCUGGGACCAGUACACCAGACGAGAGCAGUCCCUCUCCUGGAGCCCAGGUUAUCCCCUCCUCCAGCACAAAGACCCUCUAAAGACUGAAGAUGACGACAGACACGCUAGAGAGCAAUAACACCAAGUCCAGCGCUCCCCUCCUGAGUCAGAGGUACCUGAGGCUGGUGACCAAGGAUGGGCACAGCACGUUCCACAUGGCUGGGGCCCAAGGCACAGGCGUGUCGUACCUCCGAGACGUGUGGGGGAUACUCAUGGACAUGCGCUGGAGAUGGAUGAUGCUCGUCUUCUCCGCUUCCUUUCUCCUUCACUGGCUGGUCUUUGCAGUGCUCUGGUAUCUGCUGGCUGAUAUGAAUGGGGACCUGGAGCUGGACCACGAUGCUCCACCUGACAACCACACUAUAUGUGUCAAGUACGUCACCAGUUUUACAGCUGCCUUCUCCUUCUCGCUGGAGACACAACUCACGAUUGGCUACGGCACCAUGUUCCCAAGUGGGGACUGUCCCAGUGCCAUUGCACUGCUGGCAAUCCAGAUGCUCCUGGGGCUCAUGCUAGAAGCCUUCCUCACAGGUGCUUUCGUGGCCAAGAUUGCACGCCCAAAGAACCGGGCACAUUCCAUCCGCUUCUCGCGCUCUGCUGUGGUCACACACAGCGAGGGGAAGCCUCAGCUCAUGUUCCAGGUGGCCAACACUCGCUCCAGCCCCCUGACCAAUGUCCAGAUCUCUGCUAUACUUUACCAAGAACAAGAGAGUGGCCAGCUGCACCAAACUAGCAUUGACUUUCACCUGGACAGCAUCACCGCACACGAGUAUCCAUUUUUCAUUUUCCCUCUGACCUACUACCACACCAUCACUGCAUCCAGCCCACUGGCUGCUCUCCUUCAGAGAGAAGCUCCUCCCCACUUUGAGCUGGUUGUUUUCCUGUCAGCUGUGCAGGAGGGCACAGGAGAAACGUGCCAGAGGAGAACAUCCUACCUCUCAUCAGAGAUCCUGGUGUACCACCGCUUCGCCUCCCUGCUAGGCCACAAUGCCAAAGGCGAAUACGAGACCAAGAUGGAGAAUUUUGACAAGACUGUUCCUGAGUUCCCAGCUGCACUUGACUUAAAGAGUCCAAAAAGGACUGACAAGGAGAUCCGCAUCAAUGGACAGCAUAUCGACAGCUUCCAACUCUCUGAGACUGGCCUCACAAAGUAAAGAGAGCAAACCUCGAACUUUGUGCUUUUUUAAUUAUUAUUACAUUAAACUUGUGGGUUCAGUUUAAAAACUUACUUCCUUGCCUGCCCUGCCACCUUUUAGUGAUCUCUCUCUUGUAGUCCCAUCCUUCUGAUUACAGCAUGAUACACAGAGUGAAGAGAAUGUGUGU